AAACUCCCAACCCCUCAACUUCCUUUCAGUUCUCAUCUCACUGCAGUGUAAUUCUUUGCCCCCAGAGUUUCUUUUCGACAGAUCUUUCAAACCGUAACUGACCACCACCCCUUGCAUGAGAUGACAUAUGUUCCUCACCGUGGGAAAAAGGGGUGAGAGAGAGAGAGAGAGAGAGAGAGUUUGUAUGUGAUUCCAUAUAAAAAGACUCAGCAGCCAAUGCCUUUCCAGAUCCCCUGCAGCAUUCCACCCCUUCUCUCCUGUGAUCCCAUGGAGUUUUCUGCCACAAAACCACCAAAACCAUAUGGUUUCGGUCCAUUUGGGCAGUUGUUUUGAGGUUGGUCAAGAGGACAGAGGGAGGGCUGGCUGGUUUUGAGCAGUCGAGGACAAAAGGUGGUGGCCAAGGACUGCUUGUUCUUUUAGAGGACAAGAAUUGUCACUGUCAUGAUUUCUUAUAUCUUUCUUUUCCUUUGGGUAGGUGGUGGUGGUGGUGGUGGUCUCCAAGACUGAGUUGGCCCAUCGAUCACUGGCUUGCGGGGCUCAGGGGGCUCCUCUUGAUGGUGGUCUAGCUUGAGGUCACCAGAGGUUUCUGAGGGUUGGAACAGGAGGGGGGGUGUUGAGUCUUUGGUUGGUUUAUUUUAAGACUCUGGGAUAAGAAGGAGUUGGUAGCUGGUGGUGGUGGAUUUUGUCUUCUGGUUCGUAGGGGGGGAAGAAACAGAGCUUUUGCUCAUAUGAGGAGAUCUAAAGUUUUGCUGGGAGUGCUUUUGGUUCUUGCAACAAUCAGUGAGUCCCCAUGGGCUGCAGCAUCCAGCUCAUAUUGCAAGCAGAUGGGGUCGAGAACGUUCCGGCCGCACAGCGUCACGAUCACCGAGUUCGGUGCUGUUGGAGAUGGUGUCACUCUUAACACUAAAGCAUUUCAGAAUGCUAUCUUCUAUCUUCAUUCAUUUGCCGAUAAGGGUGGGGCGCAGCUCUUUGUGCCUGCUGGAAGGUGGUUGACGGGGAGUUUUAGUCUCAUCAGCCAUCUCACUCUGUCCUUGGACAAUGAUGCUGAAAUAAUUGGAUCCAUGGAUUCAUCCGAGUGGCCAGUCAUAGAUCCAUUACCUUCUUAUGGGCGAGGUAGGGAGCUACCUGGUGGAAGGCAUCAAAGCCUCAUUCAUGGAUCCAAUCUGACAGAUGUAAUAAUAACAGGUGACAAUGGGACCAUUGAUGGACAAGGCAUUGUUUGGUGGGACUGGUUUCAGAACCACACUCUAAAUUAUACGCGGCCCCAUCUUAUUGAGCUGAUGUACUCAACCGAGGUGGUUAUCUCAAAUUUAACAUUCAAAAAUUCACCAUUUUGGGCUAUCCACCCCAUUUACUGCAGCCAAGUGCUCGUCCAGAAUGUCACAAUCCUUGCGCCGCUCGAUUCACCAAACACUGAUGGGAUUGAUCCAGACUCGUCCACCAACGUCUGCAUCGAAGAUUGUUAUAUCAGCACAGGUGAUGAUCUCAUUGUCAUCAAGAGCGGGUGGGAUGAGUAUGGCAUCUCCUUUGCUCAUCCUAGCUCCAACAUCAGCAUCCGCGGACUUGCAGGGGAAACAAGGUCAGGAGCAGGCAUUGCCUUUGGAAGUGAGAUGUCAGGUGGCAUAUCAGAAGUCCAGGCAGAGGGCAUUCACAUCUUUAAUUCCUUGCAUGGCAUCAGACUGAAAACAUCUCCAGGACGUGGUGGGUAUGUUCGGAACAUAUACAUCUCUGACGUGACCCUGACCGAUGUGAAGAUAGCGAUCAGGAUCACAGGUCAGUAUGGUGAGCAUCCAGAUGAUAAGUAUGAUGAGAAUGCCCUUCCUAUCAUAAAUAGGAUCACUAUCAAAGACAUCGUGGGAGUCAAUAUCAGCAUUGCUGGCCUUCUGGAGGGUAUUAUGGGUGACAAUUUCAGCAGCAUUUGCUUGUAUAAUGUCUUCCUCAAUGUAACAACCGAUCCUCCAUGGCAGUGUUCAUACAUUCAGGGCUACUCAAACUUGGUUUCUCCAGAAUCAUGCGAGCCACUCAGAGAUGUUCCAAAUGGAACCUCAGUUUGUUAUGCUGCUAACCAUUUAAGACCCCAUCUAUCUGAUGCAGACCGCUCGGCUGGUUCCAGUUUCAUGAAGCUGACAUCAUUGUAACUCGAGUCUGCCGGUGCAUAUAAAUUGGAAAUACCUCUUAUCGAACAAUGUCCAUUUGUCUAAACGUAUCUGAUUCAUGUCAUUUUUUCUCUUUACAUAUUAUUGUGUUUAACAUGCAGCAGGAAUUUGAGAAUGCUUUGUUAUCAAAAUAAGUUGAAUAGAGUAUGAGGUCUUCCAUGAAAGUUGAAACUUUAUGUACUGGGGAUUUGUUUAUAUAUUUACUUCCUUACAAUGUAAAUAUAGAGUGAUUUGAGAGAGCAAGGUAAUACAUUGAGCUUUUG